AUGAAGACGAACCAUCGCCUUCGACGGACAAAACCUUAUCUGAAAGAUCUAAGCGAGCCUGACAGAACCUCAUUCCACCCAACGCCUCCAAAAUCUCGUCUAAAGCAAUUUAUAAAAACUUCAGAAGGUCCUCAUAACCAUGUGGUUAACCAAAACGAUUCUGCGACCCGUUUUGAGAAAUGUGCCAUUAGUGUGUCCAUGCCGGAAAACAGCGAAGUGGGCACAUUGGUGACCACUUUGAAGGUGCUGAACAGGAAAAAGUGGACGAUAAUUGAUAUGGUGGAUCCCGAUGGGACCUUUGAGAUACGACAAAAAACUGGAGAGGUGAUCAUUCGCGAUAACCGGAUUAUGGAUCGUGAACUGUUCACCAAUCUUGAACUCGUUGCUGAAAUUCAUGGUUCAUCUCACAUGACGAAGUGCGCUCGAACUCGUGUCAACGUGGAGCUGCUCGAUCAAAACGACAAUCGUCCCACUUUUGAAAAAGAAAAGUAUGUGGUACUGCCAAUGUCAUUGCUCGGCACUAUUUCAGAAGCAUGGGGCAUUUUUGUGCCAACUGCACCUGCAACUAAGGUGAACCACUAA